CGCCUGCUGACCACUGAGGAAGGCCCUGGAGGAGGGCGCGGGGCAGCCCCCGCUUCUCCUGGCUGCCCUUCCCCACCAGCUGGGCCCUGCCCUGCUCUCUGCCCACGGAGCACCCUACCCCCUCCCCGGCAGAGAAGAUCUCCCAGGGAAGCCUUGUUGGCCAGGUUUGGAGCAGGACCUGGAGCGCAGCGGCACUCCCCACCUGAGGACCCCAGGACCAUGUCCGAGGCCCACUGGCGGGAGUGAGGGAGGGCCUGACCCUGAGAAGCCCAUGGGGCCCCCCAGGCCCGCGCUCUGGGCGCUCCUGCUGGCGCUGCUGGGGGCUGCACCGGGCCGGGCCAGGCUCGGCGCCUGCAGCGUCCCCGACGUGCUCCACCACUACCGCGCGGUCAUCUUCGAGGACCUGCAGGCCGCGGUGCGGUGGACCGGGCCGGGCUCCAGGCAGCUCCAUUUCAUUCAGAAAAACCUGACUGGAGCCGCGGCCUCCCGAUGGCGGGGCCGGGUGGGAGCCUCCUGUGGCGCCCAGAAGGAGCACAGUAUCCUACUGUCCAUCGUGGCCCUGGGUCGGACCCUACGUGGGGCGGUGGCCGGGGGCCGCCGCGGGGCUCUGGAAAAGGCGGCUUGGACCGUGGCCGUGCGCACCGAGGCGGUGAUGCGGCGCCACUGCCGGACGCUGCGCCAGCGGAGCCGGCGGCCCGAGACGCGCCCUGUUCGGCGUCGGGGCGGCCGGAGGCGGCUCCUGCUGCGCGCCCUGGACGCCGUCGCCACCUGCUGGGAGAAGCUCUUCGCGCUGCGCGCCGCGGCCACCGACGGCUCCUGGGGCUCCUAAGCGCCCCGAGCGCGCGGGUCUGGGAAAGGGCCUUGCGGCCCGGCCCCUCCCUCGCCGCGGCCCGCACUCCUCGGAGGGCCCG